GCCGGCGGCUGGGCGCCGCAGAGCAUCCUGGGAGGACGGUCUCGCGCCGGAAGCUGGCGCGAACGCCGGGGCGGCGGCGGCGGCGAGGUUAUAAAAGGGAGGGAGCCGGCGGCAGGCGGAAGUGGGCGGUUCGUCGGCGCCGUGCUCUGUUGUUUGGGGUUAGGGCUGGUGGAGGGGCGUUCUCCGGAGGGCCGCCGGUGCAGGCCGCGCGCUGACAGGGCCGCUCGCCGCCGAGCCCCCCACCCACCCACCCACCGCUCCUCCCUCUGUGCUCCGUGCGCUCGCGCUCUCCUCGUCCCGCGGGGGCCCCCAACAUGGCGCAGGAGGUGUCCGAGUACAUGAGCCAGAACCCGCGAGUAGCCGCCUGGGUGGAGACGCUGCGCUGCGACGGUGAGACGGACAAACACUGGCGCCACCGCCGGGAGUUUCUGCUUCGCAAUGCCGGGGACCUGGUCCCCGGGACGGAGGAAACCGAGGACGCGGAGAGCUCGACGCGCAGUCGGCAGCUACAGCAACUCGUCUCCUUCUCCAUGGCCUGGGCAAACCAUGUCUUCCUGGGGUGCCGGUACCCUCAAAAAGUUAUGGAUAAAAUUCUUAGUAUGGCUGAAGGCAUCAAAGUGACAGAUGCUCCAAUCCAUACCACACGAGACGAACUGGUUGCCAAGGUGAAGAAAAGAGGGAUAUCGAGUAGCAAUGAAGGGGUAGAAGGGCCAUCCAAAAAACGAGCCAUAGAAGGAAAAAGCAAUUCUUCAGCUGAGCGAGAUCGUGGGAAGAAAUCUGCCAAAACGGAUCGGUCAUCAGCUCAGCAGGAAGACAGUUCAGCGUCCACAGGGGCCUCCACCAAGUCAGAGAGUAGUGGGACCUCAGCUCGGAGCAGCUCUGGCACCUCUAAUCAGAAGAGCUCCCCAAGCGAAGGCGAUAGACCUGUCUGCAGCCAAAGCAGCAGCAGCUCCUCUCAGGUAACCACAGCAGGGUCUGGAAAACCUUCUGACCCGGAAGCUCCAGAUAAACAUGCUUCAGCAGCAUUUGUUUCUUCAUUGUUGAAAUCCAGUAUGAAUUGUCAUGUGACCCAGUCCACUGAUUCCAGACAGCAGAGUGGAUCACCUAAUAAGAGUGCUCUAGAAGGUUCUUCAGCCUCAACUUCUCAGAGCAGCUCAGAGAUUGAGGUGCCCUUGUUGGGCUCCUCUGGAAGCUCAGAAGUAGAGUUACCAUUACUGUCUUCUAGUUCAGAGACAGCUUCAAGUGGGUUAACAUCCAAAAUUAGUUCAGAGGCAAAUAUUUCAGUUUCUAAAAACAGUUCCUCAUCAGGCACCUCUUUACUAACUCCCAAGAGCAGUUCAACAGCUACGUCACUGCUGACUUCCAAAAGCACUUCUCAGGUAGCUGCAUCACUGUUAGCUUCCAAAAGCAGCUCCCAGAGCAGUGGAUCUAUGGCUUCCAAGAGCACUUCCCUAGCAGGCAUGUCUCAGCUAGCUUCUAAGAGUAGUUCUCAGAGUAGCACCUCACAGCUGCCUUCUAAAGGUACCUCACAGUCCAGUGAGAGUUCUGUCAAAUUCUGUCGAAAGUUAACCAAUGAAGAUAUAAAACAGAAGCAACCUUUCUUCAAUAGACUGUAUAAAACAGUGGCAUGGAAGUUAGUAGCUGUUGGUGGCUUUAGCCCCAGUGUGAAUCAUGGAGAGCUGCUAAACGCAGCUAUUGAGGCUCUGAAAGCAACACUGGAUGUGUUUUUUGUCCCAUUAAAAGAACUGGCAGAUCUGCCUCAAAAUAAGAGCUCUCAAGAAAGUAUUGUUUGUGAAUUGAGGUGUAAGUCAGUGUAUUUGGGCACUGGCUGUGGAAAAAGCAAAGAAAACGCAAAAGCAGUUGCGUCGAGAGAAGCACUGAAGUUAUUUCUCAAGAAGAAGGUGGUGGUGAAGAUCUGUAAAAGGAAGUACAGAGGCAGCGAGGUGGAGGACCUGGUCCUCCUGGAUGAAGAGUCGCGGCCUCUCAACUUACCUCCUGCACUGAAACAUCCUCAAGAGUUACUGUAAUCACUGCAUCCAGUAUCUGGUGUUUGAAGAGAAAAACUGGCUUUUAUAUAAGACACUGGCUUUCACAGAUUUUGUAUUGCUUUUUUCCAGUUUUGCAGAAAAUUUAAAUUCUAGU